GUCAGGCACAGAACUCGGCCAGAACCGCUACAGACGUCCACCCGUCGACACCGUCGUUGCCGCACACCGCAGUUUGUUGUGGAUAUAUAUAUAUAUAUAUUUUAUACUUUGCUUUUUUGUGUUUUUUUUUACACUCUCAAAUCUCGUGUCUUUAAGUACACACACACACAAAAAAAAACACCCACCCAAAGCGAAAAAUAUGAGAGCGACAACGCUGUUGGUGUGCCUCGUCGCAGUUUUCGGAUACAGCUCGGGUUUGAAAUGCUACACUUGCAGUUGGUGGAGCAAGAACUGCGACGAUCCUUUUGUGAAGCACGACUCCAUACUGGAAGAGUGCAACACUAGAACGAUCAACGAUUUCAACAAGGGCCUGGGCAACGCCGUCAACACGGCCAACAACGCCCUGCAGAACUUCGCCAACCAGGUGGGCUUCAACUUCAACAAUCAAAACAGCAACAACAACUUCAACUUGCCCAACAUCAACGAGGAUUCGGUGGGCUGCGCCAAAAUCGUAUUGAAAAGCGGCGAGAACAGGGUCAGGGUGGCCCGGGGAUGCGUGUACCACAAGGCGGACUUGUGCAGGAGCAUGCAAAGAAUCGACGACGAGAUCAAAACGCUCAAGUUCUGCGACACUUGCGACGGCGACUACUGUAACGGCGCCGAGUCUGUGCAAUCGCCGUCCACCGUGGCCAUGAUUUUCACCACCGCGGCCACAUGUUUGUUUUACGGACUCCGUUGAAGGGUGGUUUUUCGAGAGAGAAAAAAAAAGUUCCCCCAAAGAAAACAAAAAAAAAAAACACACACACAAUACCUAUAUACCUAUAUAUACAAUCUACGUUUAGUACCUGAUCCUAUGUUUUUGUUUUUGUUAAGUUAUUAUGUUCUUCCUUAAGUACUCUGUUUUUAUUUCAAUAUAUUAUAUUACUAUACGGUAUGUUAUAAUUAUAAUGAUUUAUACUGAGUGUGCGCAAGCAUGUAUGUAAUACACAUGAAAAUAUAUUAAACAAUAAUUGAUAUUAUAUAUGUGUAUAUAUAUAUAUACAUUCGAGUAUUUUGUAAAAAAAAACAAACAAUUUGUGCACAAAAUGUCAAAAUCGAAAAAAGUCUUAAGUACACUCGCACGAUAUUGUUAAUCAACACUUAUGUGUUUCUGCUACUAAACAGAUAUAAUAUAUUAUGUCCACAUUACCAUUAAAUUGCAAUCCGCUCGCCUGUUUAUAGUUGGGAAAAUCAAUUUUUUUUUUUUUUAGCACAACUGUUGUUAUUAUAAGUUUUUUGUUUUUUUUUUAUUUCAACUGAUAAAAUUUAUGAGAAUUUUUUUUUGUUGUAAAUUUAUGAGAAAACGAAAAAGCGCGCUGUUGAGUUUUCAUUAUACUUCGUUUGUUUAAUAGUUACUAAAUAUAUAUUUUAAUUUUUUUUUAUUUUAAUAAAAUUCUCUACGUUUGUUGCAC